AUGGCAGAAGCUAUCAAGAAAGUCUUUGCGGACAAGAAGGAGCAGGAUGAAGCCGUCUUUGUGGGCUUCAUGACUGCGGGAUUCCCCAAGAAAGAGUCUACUGUCGAUCUCAUGCUGGCACUGGAAGCCGGUGGUACAGAUAUCAUCGAGCUAGGAGUUCCUUUUAGUGAUCCAAUUGGAGAUGGACCUGCAAUUCAAGCCGCCAACACGGUCGCCGUGGAAAAUGGCGUCAACUAUGCUGAAUGCUUGGAAUACGUGAAAGAAGCGAGGUCAAAAGGCCUAAAGGCUCCCGUCCUGUUCAUGGGCUACUAUAAUCCCUUGAUCGCUUAUGGAGAAGAAAAGGCUGCCUCCGACGCCGCUGCGGCCGGGGCGAAUGGCUUCAUCAUUGUCGAUCUGCCUCCUGAGGACGCAGCGAAAUUUAGAGAAAUUUGCACAUCAUCAGGCGUCUCGUACGUUCCCCUGAUCACACCCUCCACGAGUGUCGAGCGAGUCAAGUACCUGUCCUCCAUCGCCGACUCGUUCAUUUACGUCGUAUCAAAGAUGGGAGUGACUGGAUCCGAUGCGGGCAAAUCCAUGUCUGCAUCCCUCCCUGAGCUCAUCAAGAAGAUUCAAGCCUUCACCCCAGUCCCUCUGGCCGUCGGAUUUGGAGUCGACAACCGAACACACUUUGAUUUCGUCACUUCCGCCGGGGCAGACGGCGUGGUCAUUGGCUCAAGAAUCAUCAAGGUCAUCCAGCAGGGUGCCUCAGAAGGCGAUGCUCCCAAGGCAGUCGAGGCGUACGCCAGGGAGAUUUCCCUCAAGGGUCAAGACAAGCGACCUCUCGGACGUCUGAAGCAGAAUCACAACGGUGACGCUGAGGGACAUCCGUCUCCUCCCCUUCCGAUCCCAGCCGAUGAGCCGGUCGGCGGUUCCACCUUCAAGGUGAACUCUGCUGGCAAGCUACCUUCUCGAUUCGGAAUUUUUGGUGGUGCCUAUAUCCCGGAGGCGUUCGUCGAUUGCCUCAACGAGCUCGAAGAUGAGUUUGUCAAGGCUCGAAAUGACCCGGAGUUCUGGAAGGAGUUUGAGAGCAUGUACGGCUAUAUUGGAAGACCCAGCGAGCUGUAUCUAGCCGAGAGAUUGACAGAACACGCGGGAGGUGCAAAAAUUUGGCUCAAGCGAGAGGAUCUGAACCAUACCGGAUCUCACAAGAUCAACAACGCCGUGGGACAGAUCCUCCUCGCGAAGCGUUUGGGCAAAUCUCGUAUCAUUGCCGAGACCGGUGCAGGACAACACGGAGUGGCAACCGCCACUGUCUGUGCUCGAUUUGGAAUGGAGUGUACCAUCUUCAUGGGGGCCGAAGACGUCCGGAGACAGGAGCUCAACGUGUUCAGAAUCAAAAUGCUGGGUGGAAGGGUCGUGCCCGUGACAUCCGGUACAGCGACGCUCAAAGAUGCCGUCAACGAGGCCAUGCGCGAAUGGGUCACUUGCCUCGACACCACACACUACCUCAUCGGUUCUGCUAUUGGCCCGCAUCCUUUCCCUACCAUCGUCAGAGACUUCCAACGCAUCAUUGGACGAGAGAUCAAAUCUCAAAUGGCGGAGAAGUGUGGCAAGCUGCCUGAUGCUGUGGUAGCCUGUGUUGGCGGUGGAAGUAACGCAAUCGGCACAUUUUACGACUUUAUCGAGGAUGAGAGUGUGAGGUUGGUCGGAGUCGAAGCUGGUAUCGACACUCCUUUACAUUCAGCUACUUUGGCCAAGGGUGUCAUCGGAGUUGUACACGGUGCGAGCUCGUACAUUAUCCAGGAUGCCAUGGGUCAAUUGAUACCGACACACUCUAUCAGUGCUGGUCUCGAUUACAAUUCCGUCGGACCUGAGCACGCACACUUAAAAUACAGCGGGCGAGCCGAAUACCUUGUUGCGGAUGAUUUCGAAUGCUUGCAAGCUUUCAAAUUGUGCACAGAACUGGAGGGCAUUAUCCCCGCUCUCGAGUCCUCACACGGUCUCUGGGGAGGUAUGCAGUUGGCAAAGACAUUGCCAAAGGAUAAGGAUGUGGUCAUUUGUCUGAGUGGAAAUGGAGCCAAGGAUGUCGCUGAAGUUCUACUGACCCUGAAGAAGAAGGAGUGGGCUGAGAGAUUGAACUGGCACGUAGCUCAAUGA